CUAAAGUUUUCUACUAGUAAACUGCACAAACUUUUUCAACUUUUUAUAAAUGGUUCGAACGAUGGAUCAUAUUCUAAUUUUUAAUUAUUAACGAACGAACUAUUUGCCGCCGCACUAAUAUAUUAACAAUAACAAAUAAUAUGUUUUCAAAACAUGCGGUUUCGUGAUUUCGGCUUUUAAAUUUAAUUUCUUAAGUUUGAUAAAUUUCCUUUUGGUGUUUCGAAAAAGUUACACAUCAACUAUACUGUAACAAAUUUAGCAACAUUGGGAAUCAAUCAUGAAACUAUAUUGUUUAAGUGCGCAUCCAAACAAGCCAUGCAAUAUUUUGACUUUCAAAGGAACAACUGUUAUGCUGGAUUGUGGAUUAGAUAUGACAUCAGCUCUUAUGUUUCUUCCUCUGCCUCUAGUUUACAGUCCUAGGUUGUUUAAUCUUCCAUCAUGGAUUCCAAGGAAUACUAGCGAUCCUCAGAUAGAAGGGGAACUUAAAGACUGUAGUGGAAGAGUUUUUAUUGACAGUUGUCCUGAAUUUUGUCCACCAGAGGAGCACAUUAUAGAUUUUUCUCAAGUUGAUGUCAUCUUGAUUUCAAAUUACCAAAGUAUGAUGGCUUUACCUUACAUCACAGAAGGAACAGGAUUUAAAGGUUGUGUAUAUGCAACCGAACCUACUCUUCACAUUGGAAGGCAAUUUAUGGAAGAACUAGUUACUUUGAUUGAAAGAACACCAAAAAUUAGAUCUGCAACAAGAUGGAAACAACCUCAUGUGAUAAAAAAUUUACCUCCACCUUUAAAUGAAGCUCUCAAACCAAGAUCAUGGAAGCAAGUUUAUUCAAUGAAGGAAGUUAACAGCAGUCUAUCUAAAGUUCAAGUUGUUGGCUUUGCUCAAAAACUAGAUGUAUUUGGGGCUUUGAAAAUAUCAGCUGUUAGUUCAGGUUAUUGCUUAGGCAGUUGUAACUGGAUUCUAUGGACAGCUCACGAAAAGAUUGGUUAUGUGUCUGCCUCAUCUACUCUAACAACUCAUCCAAAACCAAUGGAACAUGCACCUUUAAAAAAUUUCAAUGCUCUAAUCCUCAGCAGCUUGACUCAAACACCGCUAGCAAAUCCUGACACAAUGCUUGGAGAACUUUGCGUUACUGUUGCUAUGACCGUAAGAAAUGGAGGGAAUGUUUUAAUACCUUGUUAUCCAUCUGGAGUUACAUUUGAUCUGUUUGAGUGUUUAUCCUCACAUUUGGAAACUACUGGGAACUUAUCUGUGCCAAUGUUUUUCUUAUCUCCAGUUGCAGACAAUUCCUUAGCAUAUUCAAAUAUUCUGGCAGACUGGCUCACUCAGAGUAAACAGUGCAAAGUUUAUACUCCUGAAGAACCAUUUCCUCAUGCACAUCUAGUAAAAGGGGGAAGGCUGAAAGCUUUUACUAGCUUAAAAGAAGAAAACUUUAGCCAAGAGUUUAGAACUCCUUGUGUUGUAUUUGCUGGACAUCCUUCCCUGAGGUUCGGAGACUGUGUUCAUUUCAUGGAAUUGUGGGGUAGUAAUGAAAAUAAUGUAAUUAUUUUCACUGAACCUGAUUUUCCUUACGUGGAAGCUCUUGCACCUUACCAACCAUUAGCAAUGAAAAUAGUUUAUCUUCCGAUUGAUACUAGUUUGAGUUUUAAUCAAGCAAAUAAGUUGAUCAGAGAAUUAAAACCAGUUAACUUGUUACUACCAGAACAGUAUACAGUACCUUCCCCACUUUAUCGUCACAGGCCAGAUCAAAGUUUAACUAUUGAAGCAGAGUGCAAUCUCAUCCCUUUCAAACGAGGUGAUAUUGUCAAAGUGCCUGUUAAAAGAAGAUGGGAACAAAUGAAUAUGGAUGCUGAACUCGCUGGCAGUCUCAUGCCUAUAGAAUGUAGGCCAGGUGUAUUUGUAUCUACAUUUACUGGUCAAGUUAAUGUGAAAGAUAACAAAUUUGAUUUAAAGACUCUGAAGGAAAAUUCUGGAGAUGAUGCCACUAAAGAGAAAAAAAUGUUAAAUGAUUACUGUUUUCCGAAAUCCUAUGCUUGUGAUUCGUUAGAUAUUCAGUUGCUCAUACAAAAAUUGAAUAAAGAAGGUAUAACAGAUGCUAAAGUUGAAGAGAGAGCUUCUGGAUUUAUAAUUGAUUUGCAAAGUCAUGAAAUUUUGAUUCAAGUAGAAGAUCAUUCUACUCAUGUUAUCUGCGACAGUGAUUCCCCCAUUCGCUCAAAAUUACAUGAUUUUAUAUUAGAAUGCUUACAUAAAGUGUGAUAAGAGUUUAAAUCUGUAUGUAAAUAACUGACUUAUAAACAUAAAAAUACAUGUACAUCUUCAUUAAAAAAAAAACCCUACAACAAAGUUUUAUAUCAUAUAUUUAUAUUGUCUUAUGUUUUAUCAAAUACUGUUAAUGUAUAUAUAAUUACUCUUAAUUUCAUGUGUACAUGCUUUAUCUUGAUCUGACUCAAAUAAAAUCUUACUGAAUUA